GUGCGCGAUUAGUGUAAACACUUGUUGCAACAAAAGAGACAUGGCAUUGGUACUUUGGUUUACAAAAAUUAAAAAAAGAGCCAGCCAGAACAGAAAGUCUUAACUUUUUUAUUUUUUUUACAAAAAUAUCUAUACCUCCCAUCGGAUUCCCCCCCUUUUGCCUACCCUUUCGCUUUCGAAUUCUGGUCUAUUGUCGUUUAGUUUUUCUUUGUUGUUUGUUUUUUGUUCUCUUUGAGCAGUUGUUUUGAGGUUGAUCAUGACUGGAGUAACUUCCACUACGAGCGUAAAGUCGAGCACGUCGACUAAAAAACCCAAAAAGUCCUUAUCAGUGCGGGACAGUACGUUGCUGAAAAUCUUGCAGGGUAAAACGUGUUAUCCGCUGUCAUUGGGCGAGUUUAAAAAGUUUUUGGAGACGAGAGAAUUCUCUGCAGAGAACCUUGCUGUCGUCGAAUGGUUCAUUAGUUAUCGAACCCGAUUCAAUGCGCUCCCAACCUCGGAACGCGAACGCUCUCCCCCACCUGCCUCGUCCGACCAACAAGGAACGCUCGGUGCCCUCUCGAUAGGAAGCAAUGCAUCAAGGACAUCAACGCCAGAUUCGCCAGGUGGGGAAGGACCCACCAUCUCACUAGCGAACCAGGACCUCGAGUUUUUCCAAGUCCUGUUCCAGGGCUUUGAUGCCCAAAACACGCCCGACAUUAAACUGGAUCAAAAACUGGUUGCGGAUAUCGGAAGAAAAGACCAACCCUUCCGUUCCGAAGUCAAUGCAGCCAUCAAACUCUUUUUCACUACCGAAGGAAGUAUGGAAUUGAAUGUCCCCGGAACAAUGCGAAAAGAAAUUGUCUCAAAUGCGGCCUUGACGACACAUCCCGCCGUCUUUGCGCCAGCCGUGAAGCAUUGUUUUGAUAUCAUGCAGUCAUCGAGUUUACCAUCCUUUAUGCGAUUUGCGGCUCAGAAUAUUCAAAAGGAUUCCCGGAUUGAUCGAGGUGUCAAGGGGAUUGUGUGCUUCAUCCUGGCGUUUAUCAUGACGUUUUUACUGAUUUGGUUCAACAAGUCCCGCUGGACUCGAUUGGGCACCUUCCCCCUCUUCCAACUCUCCGCGUCCUUCCUCUACACUGUCCACACAAGAAUGUGCCUUCUCAACCACAUGGGCCGCAAAAAAGAAGUGAUUAUCGUUGACCAAGAUUUAGAAAAAGAUGGACGGGAUGACGAUAAUCCCAGAGGCAAACUCCUCAUACACACUGUGGAAGAACCUAUGGUGUUUGAUAUGCAGACACGAAUCAAGUUGGAAACAUUGGCAUUGGCGACCGUGAUAGGGGCGUGCUUGACGACGAUAGCUGUAGCGAUACCCGAGCACUUUUAGAUCUGGGAGGAUAGAUGAGGAGGGCAAAAACAGUUUUUUUUUGCGUUUAUUGUUUUAUCAUUUUUUUUUUGUUGUUGUUGUUUUUAAUGUGUAUGAUUUUUCAAAUCGUUUUAUAACUUUGGGAAAUGCAGGCUCAGCGAUAAAGUAAUGGACAUGCAUCUUCAAAAGAAACAAACAUCUCAAAACGAUAUUCACGGCGUGUUUAUAUCGAAAAAUACAUCUCAUUUAUCCCAGAUAUUAAGCAACAUAAUAUCCCAGAAAUAUU